UGUAUAAGUGCAGCGGAUACCAGAUACUCAGUAUCUGCAUCAAGAUGUGGACUGCGACAUCAUUAAUCGUUUUGCUAGCAUGGGCAGCGGCUCCCAAUUCGGCAAAACUGCUUCGAUCGCCUUAUCAUUUGAGAAGCUCCAAUGUCAACCGGAAUUCUGUCCCCGUUGAAGGUGACGUAGGCUCCAGACUGCUCCUCACGCCAUACAUCGAGGCUGGCGAAAUAGAGGAAGCCCGCGAACUGUCCACUGUCAAAGGCGGGCACAUCCCUGAAGACAUUCGCAGUCAUUCUGGCUUCUUCACUGUGAACAAGGAAUACAACUCCAAUCUCUUCUUCUGGUUUUUCCCGGCUGAGCACGGAUAUGACACGGCUCCUCUGUUGGUGUGGCUACAAGGAGGGCCAGGAUCGACGUCUCUGUACGGGCUCUUCACAGAGCUCGGUCCCUUCUUUGUCGGACUGGACGAAAAAUCGCUCGACAAGAAUCCGUAUUCAUGGCACAAGAAUCACUCAAUCAUUUUCAUAGAUAAUCCCGUCGGGACAGGAUUUAGCUUUACAGACCACGAAGAAGGAUAUGCCAGAGAACAAGUACAAGUUGGAGCUGAAUUAUACUCCGCUAUUAUUCAGUUUCUGAAAUUAUUUCCGGAACUGCAAAAAGUUCCCUUCUUCAUAACAGGAGAAUCCUACGCUGGAAAAUAUGUACCCGCGUUUGCUCACACAAUACACCAAAACAAUCCUACAGCGGAGCUGAAAAUUAACUUCCACGGAAUAGCAGUUGGUAAUGGAUUCACUGAUCCCAUCACCAUCCUGGACUACAGUCACUUCCUGUUCCAGCUAGGCUUGGUAGAUACCAACACGUAUCGUGAAAUGGUGGCUGUUGAAUCGAAUGGCAAAGUAGAAAUCCAAGAAGGCAGACUCGUGGAAGCUUUUUUGAGUUGGAACAGAGAUUUGGACAUAUUCAUGGUGCAGUCAGAUUUCUGGAACCUGUACAACCUGCUGUACGAAGUUGAACCGGAAGUGGGAGGAGAUCUGUACAAUUUUGUAGAGCUACCGGAAGUGCGCCUAGCUCUGCAUGUUGGCGAUCAGCCGUUCUCAAGCGGUGGAAUUGUAUACCAGCUGAUGAUCCCCGACUUCAUGAACUCAGUUCGACCGUGGCUUGAGGAAGUCAUUGAAAAUUACCGAGUGCUCUUCUACAGCGGGCAGAUGGACAUUAUUGUUGCAUACCCACUGACAGUCGGUAUGUACAAUACUCUGGAGUUCAAAGAUGCAGAGGGGUACCGCAACGCUGAGCGUGUGCCCUGGUAUGUGGGCGAACAACUGGCAGGGUACACGAAGACUGGUGGAAACUUCACCGAAGUACUGGUGCGGAACGCGGGCCACAUGGUGCCUACCGAUCAACCUGUGUGGGCUUUUGACCUGAUCUAUCGGUUCACUAGAGACGCCCUAGUCCCGAAAAAUAAGCAACCUUAAAGCUGACGUUCGUUACUUAAGAACCAAAGUAACGAGGCCUUCUAAAGAACCCGCAGUUUUGCGGCAUGAUGUCAUUCUAACAAACACUUCAAAAUAAAUAUCUCUGUAUCUUAGAAGCAAAUCAAAAAUAUUUCGUCGUAACUGCAUGCCUAUGUCUCAACAAAUGAACUCCAUAAUAAAGAUCAUGUAGAAAGUUCUGUCCUAAUGUUCGUGGUAUACGUACAAUGUAAGCUAAAUGUACAUCAUUUUUGUUACUACAGAUGUGUGAAUUAUUUUGAACAUUACUGUCAGUGAACAUCAUGGCAACAUAAAAUCUGUUACAAAGUCAA